UUGUACUUUUAGUAUAGUGGCAUCCAUCAUUCAUCUUACUUAUUCAUAGAGGUGGUAAACGGAUUCGGAUUCGGGUUUACGUUUAGCCUUUUUCAGAUUCGGGUUCGUUUUGUUACCUCAAUAAACUCAGCAAGGUAGAGGGAAAAGAAUGUGAUGUGUGUGUGUGAAGAUAAAAACAAACCAUGCACUUUUCCUCUUUUCUCUCCUUUUGAGACUCAAAUUGAUCUGUGUUGCUUUCUUUUCUGUUUUUGAUGCAUCAGAGAUUCUCUCCAUCCACCCCCUUCCAAGUCAAAGAAGAAAAUUUAAAAGAAAAAGUUUAAAUGAAAUUGGAGAUGAUAGAAGGAAGAGGCAGAGGUCAUGGGCAUAUAUUCCCUCACCAAAACAGCCCCACCUAUGUUUCCAGAUACGGAGUGAGAUCAUAGGACAGCCCAACAACUCACAAGAUUUAUAAAGAGAACUACAGCUGCUUCAAAUUGAAAGCAUAGCCUUCAUAAAAAAGAAAAAGAGAAAGGGAUCAAAAGUUUCAGUUUUCUGCAUCCUUCUGCCUGUCUCUCUUACACAACAAAAAACAUGGGUCUGCAAAAUCGAGACAUGAAUUUGGUUCUGUCAACUGAUGCAAAGCCUAGGCUGAAAUGGACUCCAGAGCUUCAUCAAAGAUUUGUUGAAGCUGUCAAUCAACUUGGAGGGCCAGACAAAGCAACCCCAAAGAAUCUGAUGAGGGUCAUAGGGAUUUCUGGACUCACUUUGUACCAUCUCAAAAGUCAUUUACAGAAAUACAGGCUGGCAAAAAGCCAACAGACAGAAAUCUGCCUUAGCAAUGAAGUAGAUGAUUACAGAGAGACGCAGAGCAGUAAUGGGGAUUUGAGUAGCGAUACAAGUGAUGUAACUCACAAGAAGAUGAAUGAAAGCUUGAGGAUUGCUCAGGCUCUCCAAGUGCAGAUGGAAGUACAAAGAAAGCUUCAUGAACAGAUUGAGGUCCAGAGACAUUUACACCUAAGAAUUGAAGCUCAAGGAAAGUACUUACAAUCAGUUUUAAAGAAAGCACAAGAAACACUGGUUGGGUAUACCUCAUCUUCUAUCGGUGUAGAACUUGCCAAAGCUGAACUCAUUCAACUCGUCUCAAUGGUUAACACCGGCUGCACAAGUUCUUCGUUUUCGGAAUUGACAGAAGUAGGAGGUUCGAGCUUAAAACAGACGGAACGAAAUCUAACGAGAGGUGCUAUAUGUUCCAUGGAAAGCUCAUUGACAUCUUCCGAAAGCUCAGGAAGAAAAGACGAUGAGGAACCACCUAAAAACGAUAAUAUCUGUGCCGAGAAAUCUAAUACUUUAGUGGAACUUAACUUAAUGGACAUUCACCCCGAACAGAAGCGUUCGACUAGUGGUUCGAGCAAUCAAGUUAAUGGAAAGAAAAGAAGUGGCUCUAACAAUUCUGAUGGCAUAUGUGUUGAGCAGCCGAUAGCUAAAAUAUUAGAGCUUACUGAAGAGGAAAGUGGUAGUCAAUUGAGAAAGUCUGGAUUCUUGGGGUCAUUUGAUCUCAAUAACCAAUACCAAAAUGACAUGGAAUUAGGUCCAAAAGCAAUAGACAUGAACUACAGGGAAUAGAUCGGCUCAAUGUGCAUGGUUUGGAACUGUUAUGCUGCAUGAUUGUUAAUAAAUAUAAUCUAAGCUGGGAACCUGGUUGUUUAGAAGAAAUCCUUUGUUUAUAGUAUAUUGUUAUAUGUAUUGAACUCCAACAGCUUUUGAAAGAA